GCGCAACCGGAAAUAAUCCCUUUGCGCAUUGUUGGCCAUCUAAGGUAGAAGAUGGCCGCGGGUGUUCUCCGGACAGUUUUGAAGAAAUCCGGGGCAUUCGUCCCGGAUGGAAAGAUCCUAUUGCAGAAUUCCGGGGCGUUAAUUGCCUGCAAUCCUCAGAGGCAUGCGGGACACUGGUACCCAGAUGAGGACUAUGUCAAGCAGUUUCAUGGACCUCUGAUGGUCCCCAAUGAUGGAAUCAAAUGGAAAUACAUGCCACCUGCGGAGAAACCACCGCAGCUUGAGAAAAAUGUCAAGAACACGAGAAUCAACUUUGGACCUCAGCAUCCAGCUGCUCAUGGUGUACUUCGUCUGGUACUCGAGCUUGAGGGAGAGUAUGUUAGAAGUGCUGAUCCACAUAUUGGCCUUCUUCAUCGCGGCACUGAAAAACUCAUUGAGUAUAAAACGUACAUGCAGGCACUUCCUUACUUCGAUCGACUGGAUUAUGUCUCCAUGAUGUGUAAUGAGCAGUGCUUCUCCCUGGCUAUUGAAAAAUUGUUGAAUAUCGAGGUGCCACUGCGUGCUAAGUACAUCAGGACAUUGUUUGCUGAGAUUACACGAAUCCUCAAUCACAUUAUGGGAAUUGGAACUCAUGCACUGGAUAUUGGAGCUUUGACACCAUUUUUCUGGCUUUUUGAGGAACGUGAGAAGCUCAUGGAGUUCUACGAACGAGUUAGUGGAGCUCGUAUGCAUGCAGCUUAUGUUCGUCCUGGUGGAGUGUCUCAAGAUCUUCCUCUGGGGAUAAUGGAUGAUAUUUAUCAGUGGGCCCGACAGUAUUCAGCUCAGAUCGAUCAGGUUGAGGAUCUUUUGACGAGGAAUACCGUCUGGAGGACUAGGACUAUGAAUGUGGGCACUGUGACUGCACAGCAGGCCCUCGACUGGGGAUUCAGUGGUGUCAUGCUUCGUGGAUCUGGAUUCAAAUGGGACAUCAGGAAGACUGCACCUUAUGAUGCUUAUGAUCUUGUUGACUUCGACGUGCCCAUUGGAAUUUCGGGAGAUUGUUACGACAGGUACUUGUGUCGUGUCGAAGAGAUGCGACAAUCCCUCCGGAUAAUCGAGCAGUGUCUGAAUCAAAUGCCAGCUGGUGAAAUUAAAGUGGACGACAACAAGAUAGUGCCACCCAGUCGUGAGGAGAUGAAAACAAGUAUGGAGGCACUCAUCCAUCACUUCAAGCUCUUCAGUCAGGGCUUCCAGGUGCCACCUGGUGCCACUUACACAUGUAUCGAGGCUCCUAAGGGUGAAUUCGGAGUUUACCUCGUGAGUGAUGGCAGCAGCAAGCCCUAUCGCUGCAAAAUCAAGGCACCAGGUUUCGCACACUUGGCAGCACUCCAGGAAAUCGGCCCUCGACACUUCCUCGCUGAUAUCGUCGCCAUCAUUGGUACCAUGGACGUCGUCUUCGGGGAGAUCGAUCGAUAAUUCAUGAAAAACGUUUUCAAAGAGAACUCGGUAGACGGUUCAUUUGUAUAUUAUUAUAGGAGUAAAUUAUAGAAAAGGAAUAAUAUGGAAAUAUCAAGGAAAUUCUGUGAAUAAAAUUAAUUUAUUCAUAUGUUCCUUCAAA